AGUGGCAGUGCGGAGUGCUCCGGGUCUGCCUCUUAUAAAGAGCAUAUUGCUGGGCUUUCCCCCCUUCUAUCCUGUUUGACUUAUUUUAAUAGCUUGGCAUUCUCCAGACUCUGCCCUUUUCCAGGAAGAAGAGGAUAUGGCCAGUUCUCUUGAAACAGUGACAUUUAAGGAUGUGGCUGUGGACCUCACCCAGGAGGAAUGGCAGCAAAUGAAACCUGCUCAGAGGAACUUGUACCGUGAUGUGAUGCUGGAGAACUACAGCAACCUAGUCACAGUGGGUUGUCAAGUCACCAAACCAGAUGUGAUCUUCAAGUUGGAGCAGGAAGAGGAGCCAUGGGUGGUAGAAGAAGAAAUGCUUGGGAGGCACUGUCCAGAAGUUUGGAAAGUUGAUGAACAGAUCAAGAAGCAACAGGAAACCCUUGUGAGGAAUGUCACAUCCAUCUCCAAGAAAACUCUGAUUAAGGAAAAUGCCCUUGAAUAUAAAAAUGUUGCAAAAGUAUUUCCUCUGGACUCAGACAUUGUUACUUCAAGACAAAAGUUCUUCGAAUGUGACUCACUUGAUAAGGAUUUUGAACAUAGUUUAGACUUAUUUAGUUAUGAGAAAGGCUUUAUAAAAAAGAAAAGUUAUGAAUGUAAUAAGUAUGGGAAACCAUUUUACCAUUGUUCAUCCCACGUCAUAACCCCCUUUAAGUGUAAUCAGUGUGGACAGGACUUUAGUCAUAGAUUUGACCUCAACAGACAUGAGAGAAGUCAUGCUGGAGAGAAACCCUAUGAAUGUAAGGAAUGUGGAAAAGCUUUCAGUAGGAAGGAAAAUCUUAUUACACAUCAAAAAAUUCAUACUGGGGAAAAACCAUAUAAGUGUAAUGAAUGUGGAAAAGCUUUCAUUCAGAUGUCAAACCUUAUUAGACACCAGAGAAUUCAUACUGGAGAGAAACCUUAUGCAUGUAAGGAUUGUUGGAAGGCCUUCAGCCAGAAAUCAAAUCUCAUAGAACAUGAGAGAAUUCAUACUGGAGAAAAACCCUAUGAAUGUAAGGAAUGUGGAAAAGCCUUCAGCCAGAAGCAAAAUCUUAUUGAACACGAGAAAAUUCAUACUGGUGAGAAACCUUAUGCAUGUAAUGAAUGUGGUAGAGCUUUUUCUCGGAUGUCAUCUGUUAAUCUACAUAUGAGAAGUCACACAGGGGAGAAACCCUAUAAAUGUAAUAAAUGUGGAAAAGCCUUCUCCCAAUGCUCAGUAUUUAUUAUACAUAUGAGAAGUCAUACAGGUGAGAAACCCUAUGUAUGUAGUGAAUGUGGAAAAGCAUUCUCUCAAAGUUCAUCCCUUACUGUACACAUGAGAAAUCAUACAGCUGAGAAACCUUAUGAAUGUAAUGAAUGUGGAAAAGCCUUCAGCCGGAAAGAAAAUCUCAUUACACAUCAGAAAAUUCAUACUGGAGAAAAACCUUAUGAAUGUAAUGAAUGUGGGAAAGCUUUUAUUCAGAUGUCAAACCUCAUCCGACACCAGAGAAUUCAUACUGGUGAAAAACCCUAUGCAUGUACGGUAUGUGGAAAAGCCUUUAGUCAGAAAUCAAAUCUCACAGAACAUGAAAAAAUUCAUACUGGAGAGAAACCCUAUCAUUGUAAUCAGUGUGGAAAAGCUUUCAGUCAGAGACAAAACCUCCUUGAACAUGAAAAAAUUCAUACUGGAGAGAAACCAUUUAAAUGUAAUGAGUGCGGUAAAGCUUUUUCUCGAAUCUCAUCCCUUACUCUUCAUGUUAGAAGUCAUACAGGGGAGAAACCGUAUGAAUGUAAUAAAUGUGGAAAAGCCUUCUCUCAAUGCUCAUUACUUAUUAUACAUAUGAGAAUUCACACUGGUGAGAAACCCUAUGAAUGUAAUGAAUGUGGAAAAGCAUUCUCUCAAAGAGCAUCCCUUUCUAUACAUAAGAGAGGUCAUACAGGUGAGAAACGCCGAGUGUACUAA